AUGUUUGGGUAUCGGGCUUUCUACUACGUUUCCUUCCUUGUCACGGCACUUAUGCACCUCUAUUUCAGUGAUUUGAUCAGCACCUUCGCCAUGAUCGUGUUCGAUGAGAUUGAGACGCCUGGUGGUUUCGGCAACAUAGCUCGACCAUAUAAGGGACUAGUGUUCAACGACUUCUAUGCCUUCAAACCAUCACAUCCCAGGUUGGACGGCGUCAUUUCCUCCUAUGACCUGAACUGUGCUGUCUCAAAGCCAAAUGCAUUGUACGGAGCUGCAAAUCCCGAUACGUUGGAUGAUCAAGGAGGCUACAGAGCCACACCAGGAGAACGGCCCUCUAUCUGCCCCUACACUUCAUCGGAAUCCUUCAGUGUCCACGCACUCAAAAUAAAGCCGCUUGACAUGCCGGUCGGGUCUGUGACGAUCAACCUUCAAGGUUUCCGUGGGAGAAAAGCAGAGGAUACUCUGUCCUGGAGUGUCGCUUUUCCCGCCGGCUUUCAUGACGUCCUUCAUAUUCGAGUCGAGAAGUUCACUGGGAGAACAUGGGAGGGUUUGACGCGGCUCGAGGUGUGGGCUGAUUUCCAGUUCGAAAACAUUAGGAUGGAAGACUGGGAGUUCUGCAUCGACGAUCUUGAGUUUGAACUAGGAUCCCGUGCUCGGACCUGA